AUGAAAUUAAAAGCCUUCCUGCCUGUGGACGAUACUCCAUAUUCCGUCGCAUCGCACUUGGCUUUUGAUGAGAGUGUAAUGCCCAUUUUCGACGACAAUAUAACCCAGAAUGGUAGAUUCGUGGUACCUGAGUUCCCUGUCGAAGUACAUCUCCCGUGCUAUAGCCUGGUAGAGCAAGCUCUCAUCGCGGACAAGUUGUCGUGGGAAGAUCCGAUAGUAUUACGUGAAGCGCGGAUCUUGUUAGCUAAAAGCGACGAAGAGUUCGAGGAUUACCGCAAAAGCAUGAUGACUUCUGAAAUCACGCGCACAACACAUGUAAUGCAGGAAGUCAUAUCGCGAGAGAAGACCUUCCACUUUCAAGUCGCAAAUGAAAAGGAGUCGAACAGAAAGAAGAGGCCUCCGCGUCACAGAACUACGGACUUCGAUCCUCAUCAGUUUGAGGACGACGCGCCAAACACUGUGGGAAAACCGAAAGGCACUGAAAAUCGCGCGGCUAACGAAUUUGCUGCCAAACGACCCAAAGCUACCUUUUCUUCUAAGAAGCCUGCAUCACCUCAAGUUGCCAUUGGAAGGGAACCAAACUGUGUCAGAAGCUACUGGGAGACAAACGCGAAAUUCACAACAUUGAAGAGAGCUUUGCAAGCGAUAUGUUUUGGAUACGACUGA